AUGAAUCGGUCAAUCAUUCGUGGAGGUCUGAGGCUACAUUUUAGGCUUACUACGAGCGAAAGAUUGGAGUUUCCCGGCCUGUCGUGGGGAGUCACCGAAAUUGUUGCAAUUUUGCGCGAAGCCCAGUCUCCCUCAUCCUCCCGCAGCACUCCUGAGGCUGAUCGUGAGGAUGACCGUCAAUUACACCAUUCCCGCUAUGCUGACAGGCCAACGCCAAACAGACAAACAGAGCGAAUGCUUGCUGAUUCGGAGCGCAGCUUUGAAAAGGCACCAUAUAAUCGUUGGAAGCAAACUGGUGGAAACGGCGUCAGAUGGUACAGAGGAAAUGCUGGAAGACGAAGCCCAUCACCUCAACUACAAAGAGGAGUGCCACAUAGAAAUGACUAUGUAAGUUCUUGA